GCUCCCGCCUGAAACACGUGGCCGGGUCCGGAGAGCGAGCAAUGGCGGCUGCGGGCGGCGUGUGUGAGCUGCUGCCACCUCCGUGCGCCUUCUCCCCACCGCUCCGGGGGCUUCUAGCUCUGUCAGGGGCGGAUGGCACCAUCCAAGUGUGGGACACGCAAGGCGGAGGCCUCAAGCGGGAGUACGUGCCCUCUGCGCACCUUAGCGCUACCUGUACGUGCCUGGCAUGGGCCCCAGGCCGGGGACAUAAGGAAAGCCAUCAGAAGAAGAAGCGGAAAGCCGAAGCCGCGGAUCAGGAAGAACAAUACGACCUGCUGACCAUCGGCACGGCCACGGGAACCAUUUUAUUAUAUAGUAUAGUUAAAGGAGAACUGCAGAGCAAGCUGGUUGGUGGCCACGAUAGCCGAGUGAACUGUAUACGAUGGCACCAGGGAAACGGCUGUCUGUAUAGUUGUUCAGAAGACAAACACAUCGUGGAAUGGAACACACAGACCUGCAAAGUCAAAUGCAAAUGGAAAGGCGACAACAGCAGCGUCAGCAGUUUGUGUAUCGGCCCGGAUGGAAAGAUGCUGCUGUCGGCCGGCCGGACCAUCAAACUCUGGGAUCUGGAGACCAAAGAAGUCUUCAGGCAAUUCACAGGACACUCUGCGGCCGUCACGUCCCUGAUGUUCAUGCCGACGCCGUCUUCCAGCGAGUCUCUGCCGUCACACGACCCGAUGGGGCUGUAUUUCUUGUCUGGCGCCCUGCAUGACCGACUGAUCAGUGUUUGGCAAGUCAGAUCGGAGAAGAAAGAAAAAAGUGCUGUCCUGUCCUUCUCGCUCACCGAAAGCCCGGUGUGCAUGGACCUGGCUCCAUCUGACAGCAAAGAAAAGCCGUUGAAGUUGGCGGUUGUUUGCAGAGACGGCCAGUUGCACUUAUUCGAACAUGUGUUAAACGGAAACCACAAGAAGCCCCUGCAGCCCACCUGCACCGUACAGAUCGCCACGUCCGGCAGCGAUAAGGACUCCACCCCGAAACCCGUCCCCAUCCUGGCUGCCAACUUCUGCCCCGACAAGCAGUCCGUCCUGCUGUACUACGGGAGCACCAUGCAGCCGUUCAUCGAGAGAGUGGAGCUGAAGACGGACGAGCCUCACAUAUGUCUCAUCAGGGAUCUCCAAAAGACUGUCACGCUCCGAAAAGACAUGCCUGUCACUAAAGUGAAGACUCCAGUUGUGAAUUCAGACUCCAAGGUCCUGGUUCCGGGAAUCGCCGGUCACAGCUCGGCGUUACCGGCAGCAGCUGCGCUCUCCAUCAAGUUGGACGGCAAGAGAAAACCAAGAGACAAAGAGGCCAGCAUUGAAGAUCGUCUCGACGCGAUGGACAUCGACUCCUCCGCAGCGCAGAGUAAAGGCGGCCUUCCGCAGACGGACAGCCUCGCUGUGCUCCUCGUGCAGGGCUUGGAGAGCAACGACGCAAACUUCUUAAACAAAGUCUUCCUUUCAAGAAACGAAAGCAUGAUACGGAAGACGGUGGCCCGGAUCCCCGUCUACGCCGUCAUACCACUAGUGAACGAGAUUACGAAGCGACUCCACGGGAACCCCACAAAUGCCCUGCUGAUGGUGAAAUGGUUAAAAGCUGUGUUUGUCUCACACGCCUCUUAUCUUUCUACAUUGCCCGACCUGGUUCCCCAGCUGGGGACUCUGUAUCAGCUGGUUGAAAGCAGAGUGAAGACGUUACAUAAACUGUCCCGGCUGAACGGGAAGCUUUAUCUCCUGGUCACGCAGGUUGCUGCUUAUGAAAAAGCCCAAAGGACGCACGUGAGCCAAGAGGCGAAGCUGGUGUACGAAGAAGAGUCUUCAGAAGAGGAGUCUUCGGAGGAGCUGAUGGCGGAUCACGAGUCAGAUGACAACUGGGAGGAAGAGGAGGAGACGGGGAGCGGAGCCGAAGCCCGGUCUUCAGAAGACGAGUCAGAGGAAGAUGCGGAUAUGAGCGUAGAUAAAGUGAACGGGGAUUCCGACGGGGACCCGGGAAACGAAAGUGAAGAAGAAUGACGACUUCCAUCGGAAGGAGGACGCUCUCGGGAGCUAUGAACUGUCGCCACGCCGAAGGGUGGCUUCUCCCAGCGCCACGCAUUUCAACCUCCAGAAUGUCAACCGUUGUCUGCCUUUCCUACCUUUUCUGAGGACCCGAUCCUCUCUAUUCUGACCAACUAUCCGUGUCCGGCUGCGGACAUACGAUUUGUGUUUAGAUUAAAUUGCCGCUACCAUUGAAUGGUAAUUUUAUUAUUAUUUUACCGUUUUGGAGUUUGACCGCGGGAGAAACGGCCUCGUUGCGUUAACGCGAUGUGAGAUUCACGCGUUUACAAGACCCAUCAGAACGGGCUCGGGGAGUCUGAGGAAAGAUCUGAUCUUGCCGUUGUUUCCGGUUCAUGAUUCCGCCAUCUUCAUAAACCCAAAUCAGCGCUGGGCCGCCAUUGGUGGUGAGCGCUCGAAUGUCACCUCUGUUUAAGGGGACAUUCCACUUAACACCCCCCACCCCCGACCGGCAUGCUCCAUCUUAGGGAUGCGUCAGGGGUUCUUUACAAAGAAUCAUUGAUUACUUAAUGCUCGAUCAAUUUAUUUUGGCUAAGUUAGAGGUCACUGCACCAGUUCUACACUCAGCGGAGGGGACACUCAACUAUAUGCAAGUUCGUCCAUUGGAAGGUUUGAGUCCUGUGUGCGCAAAACCAUUUCUGUUCCAAACCUUUCCCAUGAUCCCAUCUCGGCUAUAAACAAAGACUGUAAUUUUACUCUGAUUUUUAUUACACGUGGGUUCGUAUCCAAUUUCAUAAUUUUUUUUUUUUUUUUUUUUUAACGAAGCCUGUAAAUACCUUUUUCUGCAAAAAAAAAAAAAAUUCCCAGUGCCCUUAAGUACAACCUAAAAACAAAUCUAAAAUAUUGACUUUUUUUUCCUUUGUCACAGAAAAUCUGUGGGUACCUUUUUUUGUUUUGUAUUAAAAAAAAAGUGGAUAAAAAAGGAUGAUUUUGAACGCUUUAUAAUUGUUUUUUUUUCCUCCCCAGAGUGGGCUGCAGUGCUUUAAAUAAUCACGGUAUAAUGUACAGUAUAUUUGUCUAUAAACGGAGCUGUUAAUGGAAAUUGCCUCCUUUGUAAAGUGAAUAAAAUAUAGUUCUCCUUUAACCAGCCAAA